AACAUAACUAACUCUAAAACCAAAUUCAAAAGUCUCUAAUUAUUUAUCAUUUUCAUCAACAUGAUAACUUCAUAUACCACAACCACUAGUCCUAUAACUUCCGUCGACUGCCAAAAACAAGUGCGUUCAUGGAGGUUUCUUCGUUCACUCAUGAAACUUCUGAUUCCUCGAUGCAAUUGCAUCUUUGUUGAAGAAGAAAACAAUGAUAGAAAACAUAUACCCUACUUCCAUCACAACUCGUCAUCAUCAUCCUCAGCCACAACCAUAACUGGUACAAUCUUUGGUUCACGUAAAGGAAAAGUCAACUUUUGCAUCCAGUCAAACCCUAAUUCCACAAACCCUAUUCUUCUCAUUGAACUCGCGGUUUCAACUUCUUCACUUGCUCGUGAAAUGCAAAAGGGGAUAGUGAAAAUCGCGCUAGAAAGUAAAAUAAAUGAUUAUUCCUUCUCUUCUUCUUCUUCGUCAUCUCUUUUGUCUAUGCCAAUAUGGAGGAUGUAUUGUAAUGGAAAGAAAGUAGGGUUUGCAGCUAAAAGAAAACGUACAAAAGUUGAUUUGCAAGUUUUGAGGCAAAUGGAAUCAAUUAUUGUUGGAGAUGGAGUUAUUCAUGGGAAAAAAGGAGUUAUAAAAAGAGAUGAUGAUGAUGAUAUAAUGUAUCUAAGAGGAAAAUUUGAAAGGGUUCGUGGAUCUAAUGACUCAGAGUCCUUUCAUUUGGUUGACCCUGAAGAAAAUAUGGGUCAAGAGCUAAGCAUUUUCUUUCUACGCUCUCUUGAUUAAUUAGCCUCUGUCAAGAUGGAUUGUCGUGGGAUGAUUGGGAUUCAUUCAUUCUUAAUUAGAGGUUUCGAUCUUCGAGUUCAAGUCCUGAGAAUGGAGAAAAAAUCCUAUUGGAGCGUCGCAUUGCCUCCAAAAAUAAGUUUCAUAAUACGUGAAUACGAAUUUAGUCGAGCCCAGUACUAAACACCUGAUGAAAAAACAAACAAAAAAACUAAUUAGCAUCUAAUUAGUAGUAGUACUCUUCUAUUUUCUUUUUCUUUUUCAGUUUUGUUCUAGUACCCUUUUAGUGGUUAUGUAAACAGACCCUUAACUAUAUAUUGUAAUAUCUAAAA